UGGUUUUUUCGUUCAUAGACAAUAUCCAUUGGUUUUUUUUUUUUUACAGGAUGAAUCGGAGGAUGAGCUGAUGAAGGAUGAGUUGGACGAUGCGGAGCAGUUGAAUUUCGAUUUCGAGGCAUAUCCAAUUGUUCCCAGUGACAAAGAGAGCCUUAUUAAUCUGUUAACGCAGAUUUUCCUACGAGCUGGCGUGGAUGUUGAAGGAAUGGCCGAUGUCCUGGUGGAGCAAGCACCAUUCGGAUGCGUCUAUCGGCCAGCUGAAGAAUUUUUGGAUGACGACAAUGAUGAAGUGGUGUAUGGUGUGCUGUCCAUGUUGGAGCUCGCAUCGCAUAAGGUUCUUUGCUGUUACAUCAGAAAAUUUCAAUUACUGUAG